UAUCUGCAGCCUAAACAACUUUACAGCUCUGUCACUUUGGAGUUAAUGCACAACAGAAGUUAUCAGCAGAGCUCUUUACUACCUCACUCUCUGACAGACAAUAUAGCUUAUCUUAGUUAUAAUUUAAACAGAAAUCAGAUCUUUAGAUUGUCCUCCCUUUAUUUAAGAGCUCACUUCAGUCGGACUCGACCAGGACUGGAACAAGAGACCGAAGGUAAGAGAUCGUCGGUUUAUUUGGAGCUUGAAAUGGCAAAGUGGGCAAAAGGUAAUGAAAUAAGUUCACAGAGACGUCUGUCAAACUGGGCCAAAGGUUUCAGUCAGCGAGAACCUCUGAGGGUCGGGACUACACUCGCUCCGGGGUCCGACAGUCCAGGGCAGCAAAUCCAACUCAUUAUAACACAGAGUAGUGAAGCUCUUCAUGGUGAUAGUGGACGAGUUUGAGGAGUUACCUGGAUUUAAUACUAAUGAAACAACACAACGCAGGUUCUGCUCAUGCAAUAACUUGUAUCAGAGCCGGCUCAAGGCAUAAGCGAACUAAAAUCUUCUUAGGGCCCCGUGGCCAGUUGGGGCCCCCAAGAGCGAUAAAAAAAUAAAUUAAACAUCUUUUAAUUUUUGCAUGUAUGAGUGAUGCUUUCUGUAUGAUCAAAUAUAUAUUAUUGCAAAAAUAAGAUAAAGUAAAAACAGCUUAUUGCUGCUGCUGAUGUAGGUCUAUGAUUCUUACAGUAAACACAAUACUUGUAGCUGAAUGUGUGACAGUUUGGGAUUAAAAACCAUAUGUGGCCCCCUGACCAUCAUUCAUCAGUCAUUUAUUGGUAUUAUUUGUAUGGUUGCAUUAGUAUUAUUUAUGUUAUUACCUAGGCCACCCCCUUAAAUAUGUAAAGACGUUUCAGAGGCAUUAAAUUUAUACUGUAGUAGGUGUGUGAAUGAUCAACAAUCAAUAUUAUUAAAAAUACAGCUGUGAAUGUUCUGAAUCACUUACACUUAUGUAAGUUACACAGUUAUUGAAACAGCAAAGACAGAGCUGACAACAUUGUGUCUUUACUAAUAUCACAGGGUUCAGAGAGUUCAGAUAUUAUGAGAACGGUUAAUCCCAAACAUAUUAUUUUUUAUUUAAAAAAAGGGCAAAUUUCCAGAGAAUUGCCAGAGAAGACACUCAGCCUUGAAGGCUACGAAUUUAUGAGGGUUAAUUUCCACAGCUGUCUGGGUUUGAAUGGCCAUAGUUACUUGUUAAAAGAGAUAAGAGGAAACAAAGGGCAGGUAAAUCAAUAGGCAGGAGCAAGUGAAAUAACCACGACACCCUCCAAGAGCAGAGAGAGGGACUUUGGAGCUCAAUUGUGUAACAUGUGAACUAUCUUUCCAUCUUAUUUUCUUUCAGAGGAUUUGCGAUCAUGCAGCUGGUGAUCCGCCCAUUCCAACCCUCAGACGAGGAAACAGUCCGGACUCUGUUCAGCAUCGGCAUCAGAGAACACAUCGGCCCGUGUUUCAGAAAUGCCAUGACCAGACCCCUCCACCUCGCCACCACCGUCGCUCUGUGUGUCGUCGGCUACCUCCUCAGCUCUGUUUUGGGGGCAGUGGUGUUAACCGGUGUGUGGGUGGGCUUUGUCUACUCCUGCUGCCAUUUCCUUUAUGCAAGCUUUGUCGAGGGGAAACUCAGGACGGACAUGCAGGACAUCCCUGGGCAUUAUCAGAGCAGACCGGAUGACUGUUUUUGGGUGGCUGAAGCUCAGGUUGAUGGAAGAUCCCAAAUCCUGGGAAUAGUGGCCAUAUUGGCCAAACAAAGUGGAAAGGAAAGACACGGGGAGCUGUUCAGGAUGAUUAUCUCACCGUCAUGUCGGAGGUCAGGAUUGGGCACCAGAUUGACUCAGACUGCGAUAGAUUUCUGUAAAGAACGAGGUUUCUCAAAGAUAGUGCUGGAGACGAGUUCGACUCAGUCUGCUGCUGUGGCACUGUACGAAAAAAUGGGGUUUGCUCUGGUCCACACACACACUAAAACACAUGCUCCAUCCUGGGUUGUACCUCUGACCGGGGUCACGAUUUUUGUCAUGGAAAAACGUCUGUAGGUCUGAGUUCACCCUGAUCAGACAGUGUCAUGGUUCUCAAUCAGUCUUAAAAGCUAUGGGCGAUCUGUAAUACAUGGUCAUAACUGUAAACUCUAACACACAUACACCCUCACAUAUAGGGGAGAGUGGGGUAAGUUGAGCCACCCCCUGUUGCUUGGAAAUGAUAAAAGAAAUUGAUCAUGUGACCAAAUAUUUAGGAGAUGGGCAUCAAUUCAUGGAGUCUGUGAAGGUUAGAAGCACAUGGGUGAAGAAGGGGUUAGACAAGUGAAUUUAGUCUGUCAUAAGUUCGAUUAGAAUUGUGUUCAGACCAAGAA